AUGGGAGUGAUAAAAGAAGGGAAAGUGAGUGGAUUGAUACCAAGCAAUGAGGGUUUUGCAGUUCAUUAUCCUGGCUAUCCUUCUUCAACAUCUCGAGCUAUCCAAACUCUUGGAGGGACUGAAUCAAUUCUCAAGGCUCGUAGUUCACAAUCUAAUAAGUUGGAACUGUAUUUUCGCCCUGAGGAUCCAUACUCACAUCCUGUGUCAGGAGAGCUUCGCUCUUGUCAUAAUAUGCGUGCUUUUCAUCAGAUGCAAGCUUUUUCUUGA